AUGCCAGUUUCAAAACAGCUUGCCGAAGUGCAGAAGCUCGCUGCCGCAGAGGCAGCAGGCGACGCUAACGCACAUGGUGAACUCCUGAAAGCCAUUCGCGCGUUGCAACUUGCUGUGGAAACCCCAGUAGAGACAACAUCACGUUUAAACUUCCAGAUCAUGCAAAAUAUAUCCAUCCGAGUUGCUAUCGAGCGGCGAUUCCUUCAUGUUAUCGCAGCGCGGAAUGGGGGCCCGGUUACAGCGUCGCAAAUAGCUGGCGAAUGUGGGGAGAAUCUCUUGCUCAUCGUUCGUGUAAUGCGUGUUCUCACGGCCAUUGGCCUUUGCGAUGAGGUCGAGAAUGAAACUUAUGCGGCCAAUGAGAAAACUCAUUUCAAGAUCUUGCCGGGAUCGAUCGCUGCAGAGAAGCAUCAUUUUGACUUGGACUUUGGAAUGGGAGGUAGACUCGUCGAAUACAUGCGAGGACCCGGAAUCCAGCAAUUCGCCGACGAACCAGACGCAAUAACCCUAUUCAAAUUCGCCCACGGCACCGAUGUGAUCUUCGGGCUACUAGAAAAGAACCCUGAGCAGAAGCAGGCCUUCGACGACUACAUGGCCGCGCGACGAGUAGGGAACCUACCUCAAUGGUUCGAAAUCUACCCUGCGGCGGAGAAGUUCGCAAACGCACACCGCGACCCCAGCUCCAGUUUGAUGGUAGAUGUCGGGGGAGGACCCGGCCAGGAACUCAUUCGUUUUAAAGAGAAAUACCCGGACACUCCAGGUCGGCUAAUCCUCCAAGAUCUGCCACUGACUCUUCAGCGGAUUGAAAAACUACCCGAUGGAAUUGAGGCGAUGGAAUACGACUUCUUUACGCCGCAGCCUGUGAAAGGAGCCCGUGCGUACUUUCUCCGUGACGUCCUCCAUAACUGGUCCGAUGCCAAGAGUGCCCAGAUCCUAUCGCGAGUCGUCGAAGCCAUGGAUCCGGAGUAUUCAACAUUGCUGAUCGAUGAUUAUGUGCUUCCUGACACGGGCGCGGAUCUGAGGGCUGCGGAGAUGGAUAUUCUCAUGUGGCUGCACACUGCUGGAUUGGAACGCACGGUUUCCCAGUGGAAGGCUCUUUUUGGCAAGGUUGGUCUUGAGCUAGUGCAGAUAUGGCACUCACCUAGGGGAAGUGAGUCGGUGAUAGAGGCGAGGGUGAGGAAGUAG